GUUGAGGAUGACCUGUGAUGGCAGCAGAGAUCCUCUGAGCUGCUCACAUCGAUCAGCCUCACAUGCUCCGCUCUCCCGGAUCCUUCUGGACCUGCCUCUCGGUACCGGUUCUGUUCGGGCCGCUCUCUGUCUGUCGGCCCGCUCUCUUUCCUGGUCUCGGUCGCCGCUCGCCGAACUUUUCUGACGGCUCGGACUUUUCUGGGCUGCUUGGGUUCAGGCAGGAAGCCAACAGGCUAGCAUUAGCCUGAGCCGGCUCCGUCCUCCUGAUGCCGACGAUGCUGGAGAGGAACUCGGAGGCUCCGGGGAAGAAGAGGGGCCGAGCCCCGGCCGGAGGCGGCAGCGGCUACCCCGCAGCGGCAGCGAACAACGGCAGGAAGAACCUGUCCGGUACCGAGCCCGGCAGCCAGAACUGCUGGGAAGAAGGAAGUUCAGCUUCCAGCAGCGACGAGGACCAUGGUGGAGGAACGAUGCGCGUUGGACCGCAGUAUCAGGCCGUGGUUCCGGAAUUUGACCCGGAUGUCGCCAAAGCGGCUCACCUCAGAGACAACCUGGGGAUGCUGGUUUGGAUCCCCAGCAGCUGCCUCAACCAGACUCAGUUGGACGAGUACAUCGCCAUCGCCAAAGAGAAGCACGGCUACAACAUGGAACAGGCUCUGGGGAUGCUCUUCUGGCACAAGCACAACAUUGAAAAGUCUCUGGCCGACCUGCCGAACUUCACGCCGUUUCCUGAUGAGUGGACGGUGGAGGACAAGGUGUUGUUUGAGCAGGCCUUCAGCUUCCAUGGGAAGAGCUUUCACCGCAUCCAGCAGAUGUUACCGGACAAGUCCAUGGCCAGCCUGGUGCGCUUCUACUACUCUUGGAAGAAAAGUCGCAGUAAAACCAGCAUGAUGGACCGACAGACCCGGAAACACAAGCGGGAGCAAGGAGACAGCAGUGAUGAGGAAGUGGAGAACGGUAAUGAAAAUCCUGCCUGUGACUUGGAGAUGGACGUGAACAAGGAGAAGAAGGAGCCCAGUUCUGGAUCAGAGAAGUCGGAGGUGAAACCAACUUCUAGUCUUAAGAUAGGAGGGAAGACAUCCCAGCGGAUGAAGAAACGCCCACCCAGAGGGAUGUUCCUCAAUCAGCAGGACGUCGUCUCCCUGUCGACCUCCUCUCCUCAGGGACUGACCAGACAGCUGGACAGCCAGCUGGUGUCCAUAAAGAGACAGAUCCAGACCAUCAAACAGAUGAACAGCGCGCUGAAGGAGAAACUGGGCUCUGGAGUGGAUGAGUUCAGGCAGCCUGAGGCAAAUCAGAAGUUCAACAACCGCUGGACCACAGAGGAGCAGCUUCUUGCUGUCCAAGCUAUCAGGAAGUACGGACGGGACUAUCAGGCCAUUUCCGACGUGAUAGGCAACAAGUCGGUGGUCCAGGUGAAGAACUUCCUGGUGAACUACAGAAGAAGGUUUAACCUGGACGAGGUUCUCCAGGAGUGGGAAGCUGAGCAUGAAAUGGAAGGAGGAGAUGUAAAAGCAGAGGAGGAGAAGAUGAUGGAGGAGAACCUGAAUGCUUGUGCAGCUGAGGACGAUGAAGCUGCCAGUAAACCCAAGAAGGAUGACUCGUGUCUUCCCGCCGACUCGGAGUAGCCUCUGCCCUCCAGAGAUCCCGACUGCGGACCCUUCCCGCUCCUGGACGAGCUCCUUCUCCAGCCGCCUCCUUUGCUUUAGUCCGUCUGUCUUUCAGUUCUGCUCUGUCCUCUGUGGACCAGUCCAGAGUCCAGCCACGGGUUGAAGUGGACGAGACCUUCUGGCCACAGAACUUUAUUGAUUUCAUAUUUUGAAUUCUUUGGUUUGUGUUUUGGACCCGCGGUGCAGAGAAGAGGUCGCUUUCCUGUCCUGAUUAUCUUUCUGUUUUUUAAAGAUUUUUCAGCCUUUUUAGAGAAAAAUACAAUAAAACCAAAGUUUAUUAUGAAAA